CACUUACCUCUUGCUCCCCGGCCUUAGUUUUCCUCUACCCCCACCUUUACCGCCGCGCUCCCAACAGAAAUCAGAAUAAUUGCCCACCGAAUAUAUUCUCCCGUUUCAACACCCCGCUAACCUUCUACUUUGGUCCCUCGAACGCUCUUCCUACCCUAGAAUUCCAAUCGAUCGUAAAUUAAAGCGUGCUCCUCGUUGGGGCCCGGUGAUGGCGUAUAAACAUCCGGGGCGCAUAUUUGAUGAUGGCCCGCAAGACUCGGAGUCCGAUAGCGAUACCGACUCUAUCAGUUUAACCUCCACCGUUGCAAGUGAGGAGGACCCGGACGAUACCUAUAUCGUUGAGAAUAUACUUGGGGAGAAAUGGAUAGAGUCGGAGGGUAAAAUGAGGUACCUGGUGAAAUGGGAAGGCUAUCCUAUAAGCCGAGCCUCUUGGGAGCCGCUUGAAAUGUUCGACGACCAGGAUACCAUCCAAGAGUGGAAGGCCAGCCAGGAUGCCAUCAAAGCUCGCGGAGAGCUCCCACAUUUUGACUGGCAGAAGUGGGAUCGAGAGAGGUUGGCCGAAGCUGAGGCUCAAGAAGAUAGAAAGCGACGCCGUGCUAAGAAGCGUCAGAAGGUGGAGCGUCAGAGAAAGGCGGCCUUGGGCAAGAGCGGAAGGACUCGCCAACCCAAGCCAACUGAUAACUAUACUCCUGAUAAUGAUGAGGUCUCCGAUGAGAUCACAGAUUCUGAUGAACCGCUCGUGUCCCGUAGAGGGAGGAGACCUGUUGUCACGAGAGACGAGGAUGAAGAGGAUUCUAGUACUGACGAUUCCUUGGUCUUAGGAUCAAAACACCCAAAACGGUCACGGGCAAGAGCCAAGCGGACACGGGAGGGUGGCGACAAGAGUGAACUAGAUGGCGCAAGCCAGAAGAAGCCAAAGCGCCGAGUGGGAAAUAUGACUGGAAUGGCUUCUCUGGGGCCGAUUGCGGUGAAAGGCGCAAAGCCUUCCUUUGGAUCAGCCUCACAAACCCCACGACCUGGUGUAUCAAAUUUGGGACACAUGUCAAGUGAAUCAUCGUUACUGAAGCCUGGACCGACAAAGCUCGGGCCAUCAAAGCCGGGGCCACCUCCACGGGUCGGAUUCCCAAGACCAGGGACUGGCAAACCCGAUUCUUUAAAGCUCGGACCCACCAAGCUCUUACCUUCUAAACCGGCUUCACAAAAACCAGGCCCACCGAAAAGGCGUAUAUCAAGUGCUUCGGCCCCCGGUCGUCCGGGGCCUGCUACCACAGGAUCCGGUAGCAUUCCCAAAAACAUGAAUCUUUCUACAAUCAAUAGGAUCAAUAAGAAGGCUCGUAACGAGCGAGAACCGGAUCUCAACUCGCUUGACUUAUUUGAGGCAAGUAAUCCAGUCCCAUUUUCGAAGAAAACCUCCCUAGAAACUAGCACACUGUCCCCGAAGGACCUGGACUCCCUUAGAAUAACUGCGCAGAGCACCGAGGAUAGGGGGCAAGUCCUUCCUCGGGGGCCUUCGGGGAUAAGUCGCAGAGAAAAAGAAGUUGGUCAAUUCCAUGAUGGCGACUUGACAAUGAGCCCUGUUCAUGAGGACAGGAUUACCUCCAUUCCUACUGCCGAUAUUGAGCAGGGCUUGGGGAGAAAUAGUUUGCGUCGUAACUCGAAUAAAAAGUUGUUUGAGUGCGAGAUGAAAAUUCAACGGGGUGGUGAGCUAGAAUCGCUUGGGGUUGUUCAGUUCUUGGGUUUCAGUGCCCAGUUUCUAGACUAUUUGGACCGAUUGGGGGUGAGAGAGCUUUGCGUGACCAAACUCCUUGCUGAUAGUCACGUUGCUGGCGCUGUCAUCACCGAGAUUGGUUACCCGCAAGAAUUUGCCGACAUUACCAUUCAUAAUGCUGAUAAGGCACAACCUCUAAUUAUCACUCUAGCCAAGUUCCAUGGUCUUGGGAUAAUCAGAGAGGCUGCAUUCACUAUUGCGGUAUUUCAACCCUCAAGUGAUAAAAUCACAACAUCAUUCAAAGCCCCUCUACAACAGCAGAAGACUCCGCUUAGAGCCGUCGCCUAUUCUGACUGGCGGAUCCCGGAACCGUCUCGCGAGCUUGUAUCUGCAGAGCGGCGUGAAAUUGGAGGCCAUGUGACCCAGUACCUCCACACACUUGGCGAGAGGCUCCUUAGUCUUUCGUUUGAGACACUGAUCGCACCAACCGAGUCCAACCCUGAGGGAGUUCGCAACUUUGUGAUAUAUUGCCCAGAUGACCGAUUUUACGAGAAACUAGAAAUGGAGAGUAAUUUGAAAACGCUAGGGCUCAAAGCAUUGGAUUCGGAGGAGCUUCUCGCCUAUCUCAACCGUGGGAAGAAGAUGAUUAUCCUGGUUCAUUACACAGUUCAAUUCUCCUUGCACCUACUCCCAAACCUCAAGCUCCUACAGGCUCGGGAACAUCUGUUUUUUUUUUUCGGGACGAGAUUUGUAGACAACGGAGGAACUAUGACACUAGAUGCUCGUCCAAUCAGGUUCUGGUCUUUCGGGACGUUAAUGUUGGCGACUCCAAACUUUGCUCUAAAUAAUCCACCUAUGCUGAAACGCCUUCUAGACUAUCAGGCCGCCAAGGCAGGAAGUACCACACUUUGUAUGGCUUCGACAAUGGUGACAGAAGUCGAGAAGCGGAUUACAUCUAAACCAGGGGCUUUUGAGAAUCCGCAAGCCAUACUCGAGGCCGUUUACCGGAUGCAGGAUUCCGCGGGAGAUACACUCCUGGUCUCUUCAAGAGAAGACGUUAACGAGUUAGAACUAAUUGCCGACGCCUUUGCCCACCAUCAGGCAGUCAACUGCGCGCUCUAUCGGCGUUUCAUAGUUGUACACGCGAAGGACGAAGCACCCCCCAGUCUCGGAAGGCGUUACGGAUGCGUGGAAUUCCAUGACCCGGACACAUUGUUUGAGGUAGUUAUGAAAGGUGUUGUCCCUCCCACGAGGACUAAACCUUCAGUCUAGGAGGUGAUAUCAAAGAGACUUUGUGAAAACUUCAACUGGUCCCAAAAGGCGGUUUUUUUUACAUGAAACCUAGGGAGUUGGGGUUAGGAACUUACCGGUUUAACAUUGUCGGAGUAGUGAAGGAUACGCUAUCUCUCUUAGCAUUACUCUGAGGAUUGCAUACAAACCUUUCGCCGCUAUCUCUUUAACUCCUCAUUUCUUAGGUGCAUCCAGGAGGUAAUCCCUGCGACUGAUUCUCUCCCCUCGCAUCAGCGUUUUAUGUUAGGUGGGUAAAGGGGUGUUGGUAUCUUUUGCUACAAUAGGCUUGGUUCAAUAUCCUUUGAGUAUAUAAUGAUAAUACCAGCCGUUUCGAGGA